UCAGUGGUCCAGGGGGUUAUGCCCUGAACCCAUAGCAUGCGGGUGUCACCAAAUCCAAAAACGUUUGUUGGCUCUCGCACUUCAGGGGUAGGACGUCGUUUUAAAAGAUAACCUUUAUUGACGCGUGUAUCCUGGAGUGCGAGAGCCAUCUAACGAUUUUCCUAGAAAUUUUCCUAGAGCCAGAAAUGCACACACUGAAAGAAGCAUGACACUAUGCAAUGAAAGAAUGAAUAUUCAUGAGAACACGUCAUAAAGUGUUUAUAACCUCCUGGCAGAAAACUGGCUGCAGGACUCUGUAAUUUAGUGACUAUAGCUUUAUUUAGCCUAGCAGAUAUUUUUAUAUUCCUUUAUAUUCCUUCCUCAAAAUUACAAAAUUGAAUUCUGUGUUAUUAUUAUUUGUUUCUUUAAGUAUAUGCAAGUGCUUACAUUUGUUUCUCUAAGUAUAUACAAGUGUUUACUGUAAAAUGCAUUUUUUUCAUCACAUUCUUUAAGAAAACAAAUAGUUUCAAUUCUAUUUUUGAUGCUGGAAAGCAUUUUAAGCCUCAUUCAGCAGUAUAAGUGGUAGGAAGGCUCAGGUAGUAGGACAGGAGUAUCUCUUGUGUAAGUGCAUUGCUGAGAUCAGGUUGUAAAUGAAGGAUAAAGUAGAAAGUUCCCCAUGUGCUGGGUUAUCGAGCAUAAAGCAGAAUCUUCUUGAGGAUUCAAAAGAAGAGAAUGGGCUAUCAAACGAAUCAUCUGGCAUGAAGACCUGUGUCAAGGAAGAAGGUACGGAUGAAGGUAUCAGCACUCUGAAUCUCAUAUUUGGCAUCAAAGAUCCGUGUGCAAUUGGACUGUCCACCUGCCUCGAAGUCCUAAAGAAAUUUGAAGCUCGCAUCAUUCACCUUGAGACUAGACCGGCUGCAAAGUGGAAGAACAGAGGGGACGAUCUGGAGUGGUUUGUCAAAUGUGACAUUCACAGUUCCUAUGCGAGCAUGUUGCCCACUGCUUUGGAUAAAGUUGCAGAUGAUGUGCGGACAGUCACAGAGGAAACAUUUCCUUCUUUUCCAAGAACACUGCAAGAUCUGGACAAAUGCCAUCGCCUCAUCUUUAAAUAUGACCCUCAUUUGAAUGAAGAUCAUCCUGGAUUUGGAGAUCAGGAAUAUAAGAAACGUAGAUCAUUCUUUACAAAGCUGGCAUUUAAUUACAAAAGCGGAGACAUACUGCCACGGGUGGAGUAUACGACAGAAGAAAAUGCUACUUGGAAGCAGCUUUACAAAACCCUACACAACCUCCAUUCGGAAUAUGCAUGUGAGCAGUACAUAAACUCCCUGCAGCUGCUGGAGGAAGUUGGCAUUUUUAGGGAAGAUUCUGUUCCUCAGCUUCAGGAUGUGUCAAACUUUUUACAAGAAAGAACAGGAUUUACACUGAGACCAGUUGCAGGAUUAUUAGAUGCAAGGGAUUUCCUGGCCUGUCUUGCAUUUCGGGUGUUUCCAACUACUCAAUUCCUCAGACACCCCUCAGAUAUUAUGCAUUCCCGUGAGCCGGACUGCUGCCAUGAAAUGCUAGGACAUGUUCCCAUGCUGUCUGACAAGGAGUUUGCACACUUCUCCCAGGAUAUUGGACUUGCUUCCCUUGGAGCUUCUGAUGGAGAUAUAAUGAAACUAUCAAGUCUCUACUGGUUCACCGUGGAGUUUGGCCUGUGCAAGCAGAAGGGAUCAAUUAAAGCCUAUGGAGCAGCACUUCUUUCAUCUUAUGGGGAGCUGCUGCAUGCAUUGUCAAAUAAGCCAGAGCACAGGCCAUUUGACCCAGAAGUUAUGGCAGUUCAGCCCUAUCAGGACGCCUCAUAUCAACCAGUCUACUUUGUUUCUGAAAACUUUGAAGACUCCAAGGACAAGCUUAGAGAAUAUGCAAAGAAAAUGAAGAAGCCCUUUUCUAUUCGCUAUGAUGCCUUUACAAGAAGCAUUGAAGUUCUGGAUUCUCUUCAAAAAGUCAAGGAUUCGUUCAGUGCUAUAAAAGCUGACCUGAGGAGCUUGUGCUUCGCACUUGACAAAUUUUGCCAAAAUGAAUAAGAGAAGAAAUAGAGUAAAAAGCAGCGCAGCUACUAAAGCUAUAAUCUUUAAAGGGGGAUCUAUGGUCAAAAAUUGAAAUCCCCUUUGUCUUUGGGGAGUUAAUAUAAGCGUUUUUCCAAUAGGGAUUAUUUUUUAUGAGCAGUUUAUGGGCAAUCACAGCGCAAUCAUAGCCCCCACAUACCUGCACCAGCU